CGGAAAACAUCAAACUCAGGAUCCAAGUAAACUCACCGGAUAACAGUCAACCGACCCAGGCCCCGAUCCCCGAGUCACAGUUCACUCUCCCUUUCCUCUCUUAUUCUAGGUGUAUUCCGGCCGCCCUGGUCCCACGAUCCAUCAACCUCAAUCUGUUCACCCCAACUCCAGGUUUUGCACCAGUUUCACAGUUUCUUCCAUUUCUCCUAAACAAACUUGCAAAAGAAGAUUAGUUUCUUCAAGCUGCAGAAUUUCACGAAUGGUUCGUGAGGAUUCGAGUCUGAUCAAUAAAAAACAACAAGCCCAAUUCCGCCUCUGCAAUGUUGCUGGCUACAAGACCGAUUUAAUUGAAAUCCAUGCCCAAAGGCCUGAAUUGCAUAUUUUGUUCAUUCCGGGAAAUCCAGGAGUUGUUUCAUUAUAUGUUGAUUUUCUUGAAUCACUAUUUGAGCUACUGGGAGGAACUGCAUCCGUGACAGCUAUCUCUCACAUAUCUCACAGCAAAAAGAAUUGGGAGCUUGGGAGGCUGUUUUCCCUGCAAGCACAAAUUGAUCACAAGAUGAACUUCAUUGAGCAGGAAUUUAAUAAUGUUGAAGUUCCUAUAAUCCUGGUUGGCCACUCCAUUGGUUCGUACAUAUCUCUGGAAAUCUUUAAAAGAUUACAGAAAGAGGUGGGGUUCUGCAUUGGACUAUAUCCAUUCUUGACUGUGAACACCAAAUCUUGGACACAAUCUUUUAUUAAGAAGAUUGCAGCAACGAGGAGUAUCUCUGCAAUGCUUAGUUCUAUUGUGGCAUGUUUGGGAAUGCUGCCAGCCUGGAUGUCUACAUAUUUUGUGAAGAAAUUUGUUGGGAAGUUAUGGUCUCCUACUGCAGUUGAUGCCUUUUGUACACAUUUUCUCCAGUUCCACACGAUGCAGAACGUACUUUUCAUGGCAAUGACAGAGUUUGAUAAGCUUUCUGAGGCGCUCGAUUGGGCCUUCUUGAGGGACAACAGAAGCCAAAUAGCCUUUUUAUUUGGGGUUGAUGAUCACUGGGGCCCUAUGCAUGUACUUGAAGAGAUUUGUGAGAAGGUUCCAGGAGCAGUGGUAACUGUGGAAGAGGAGGGCCAUUCUCAUGCUUUCUCAUGCACAGAGACUGGCUCCUUAUGGGCAGCUAAAUAUGUCGCCAGCAUGGUUAUGAGAUACACCACCACCUCGAAGAAGUCAUUAAAUCUGUAAGGGUGAGCGAGCUGAAAUAUAUAAGAGGGGCAAUUCUCCCUCUCUCACUUACCUUUCCACCACCCCUGUUUUGUUUAUCACCCAUACUGAUAAAAUACGGCGUUGUACAAACUUAUAUGAUGGUGGUGCUUUCGCAAUCUGUUCAUACUUGAGUAAUAGUAAUAAUGAAAACCUAGCGCUGUAGAUACUUUUAAUGCUUAAGCGAUUUUCUAGCCCAAAAAAUAUCCACCUUAAGAUAUUGUUUGUAACAUUUAGUAUAUUAUUGGUUAACGGGGACAUAAAACCUUAUCCCAG